AACUAGUCAAUGAAAAAAAGAAAGUCAAAAGUAAAUAGAAUUGGGAAAAUACAAAAAAGAAUAAUAAAAACAUCAUCAGUGUCGCUUUAGAUUCUCUCCUCUCCCAUGGAUCACUUUUUCUCACCGGAGUACAAUUUCCCGGCGAUCACUCGCUGUAACUUAUCCAACCCACGUCCUAAUCUUCCACCAACGCCACCUCCACCCGAUAUCCACCGCUUCUACAAUGCUCUCUCCCCAUCACCACCAACUGUUCCGGUUUCGCCGGAGAUGGAGUCUAUGGAAGCUGUGGAGGAGAUUCUAAACUACAAAUUCAGGAACAAGAGUCUUCUCAAGGAAGCGCUUACGCACACCUCUUGUCCAGACCAUCCUUCUUACGAGCGGCUUGAGUUCGUAGGCGAUAGUGCUAUUGGUCUAGCCAUCUCCAAUUACUUAUACCUAACGUACCCUAGCCUUGAGCCACACGAGUUGUCUCUCUUGAGAGCAGCUAAUGUUAGUACUGAGAAACUCGCUCGUGUCGCUCUUAAUCAUGGUCUUUAUCGAUUUCUUCGACGCAAUGCUCCUUCCUUAGAUGAAAAGGUUAAAGAGUUCACAGAGGCGGUGGGGAAAGAAGAUGAUCUCUCAGUGGCACAUGGUGGAUUAGUCAAAGCCCCGAAAGUUCUUGCUGACGUAUUGGAGUCUCUAGCUGGAGCUGUUUAUAUUGAUGUCAAUUUUGAUCUAGAAAGACUCUGGGUGAUCUUUAGGGGUCUUUUGGAACCAAUAGUUACACUGGAUGAUUUGGAGAAGCAACCUCAACCUGUGUCUAUGCUUUUUAGAAUAUGUCAUAAGCAUAAGAAGCGAAUCAACAUCAGAUAUCGGAAAGAUGGCAGUAGCAGCAUUGCUGAUAUAUAUAUUGAUGAUGAAUUUUUGGCUUCUGGGAGAGCUGAGAAUAAAGAUAUCGCAAGGCUGAUCGCUGCUAAGGAAGCGUUACGCAAGCUGUCAGAAGUUAUGCCCGUUGAAAUGGUUAUUGAUGAGGAUAGUAUAGGCAUUGAGCUUAAACAUGCGAAAACGAAGUUGAAUGAGAUUUGCUUAAAGAAGAAGUGGCCUAAACCGAUCUACAGCGUUGAGGAAGAGAGAAGCUUGGUACAAGGAAAAUUAUUUGUUUGCUCAGCUAAGAUUAAGAUCCCAACAGAAGGAAAUACAUUAUACAUGAAGGGAGAUGAACAAUCCAAGAUAAAGAAAGCAGAAUGCUCCGCGGCUUACCACAUGAUUACAGCCUUGAGAAAAUCACAUUAUCUCUAAUGGUAUUGUAUCGUUUGUAAAAUUAUAUAGUGAUUUUACCUUGAACCAAAACACCCUGUGACCACUUCUGGUUCAUUCAAAUUGGAUUUUCUUAAUCUUCUUAUAAGGUGACAGUUUAUGACAAGAAGCUGUGUCUUAUGUUUUAGGCAAAUGACUACAUAUGUGUUUUGUUUUUGUUUGGUUUUCUUGCUGUUUUUUUAGUC